GGGCGUAUUUCUUGCUGAAUGGAGGGGUUGUGCACCAUUGGAGGGCGUGCGAAGACACGCUGGUGCUGUGGCCCGCCUCGAGGAUAGCAGAAGGAAGCGUAGGGUUGGGAAGGGACGAAGAGUUCGGCAGCGGAGACGCGGGGAUGCUCCACACGGGAACUAUGGGGUACUCCACAAUCCCCUUCGGCUUCUUUUUACGCGCUGGUCUUGUGAUUUGUACCCUCGAUCAUCGCUUCCUCCUUUGCGGGCGCCUCUCUCUUACGCGAGUGGUGUAUCGCCUGAAAUCCAACGCCAUGACAGCCCAAUAUAUAAACCCAUCCUCCGCCCCCGCACCCUCCUGCGCCCCUUGCCCCGUCGACGUCCAUUAACUUGGCCGCCCACCCGGUCUCGAGCACAUUUUCUGUUGCAUUUCUUCCUCGCCUCACGCCCCGCCACGACCCGCCAUCAUGCCGCAUGUAUCAGAAAAAUCCAAGGGCGGAUCGAUAAAGGCCGACUCCAUCUCCUCCGCCGAUCAAAAGCAGGAAGUCAGACACAUCGACAACGUCGCCAGCAACCCGAAUGCGAAGCUCGCUAAUCCCCUCGAGGGCAUUCCCCAGGACCAGCUCCUCGAGGACGCCGCCGCCUUCGCGAAAGCGUAUGGCCUCGGCCAUCUCACCGAUGAGUUUAUGAAAGGGGCUCUCGUCGCACAAGACCCCUCUGCAUUCGAGACUCUAUAUCUCCUUAACGACGAGGACAAAAACGUUCUGCGAAGAGAGGCGACGCACCGAUGGGACCAACCUUGGCAGCUCUACUACCUCGUCAUCCUGUGCUCUAUGGCCGCUGCAGUCCAAGGCAUGGACGAAUCCGUCAUCAACGGCGCUAACCUGUUCUUCCAAUAUCAGUUCAACAUUUCCACAACCUCGGGAGCGAAUCAAAGUCAACACCAGUGGAUACUGGGUCUCGUAAAUUCCGCACCAUACCUAUGCUGCAGCUUGAUCGGUUGCUGGGUAUCUGCACCCAUGAACAGAUGGUUUGGUCGUCGCGGCACCAUAUUCAUCAGCGCCUUCGUCUCGUUCGCUACUUGCAUUUGGUCAGCAGUCACCGACACAUGGUGGCACUUGUUCAUUGCCCGGUUCUUCCUCGGAUUCGGUAUUGGCCCGAAGAGCGCGACGGUCCCCGUCUACUCUGCCGAGUGCGCGCCGCCGGUCAUUCGGGGAGCACUGGUGAUGAUGUGGCAAAUGUGGACGGCCUUCGGCAUCAUGUUCGGUUAUGUUAUGGACCUCGCUUUCUACCACGUUCCUAACAAGCCGGGGAUCACUGGUCUCAACUGGCGACUGAUGCUGGGUAGCGCUGGUGUUCCUGCUUUGUUCAUCAUGGCACAGGUCUACUUGUGCCCGGAAUCACCACGUUGGCUCAUGUCCAAGGGGCGUUACAACGAGGCGUACGAGUCCCUGCUGCGUCUCCGCAACAGCCCUCUACAAGCUGCUCGUGACCUGUACUACAUCCAUGUCCAAUUGCAGGCAGAGGCAGAGGCAUUUACGGGCCGCAAUCGUUUCUUGGAGCUGUUCACUAUCCCCCGCAACCGUCGAGCCGCCCUCGGGUCUUUCAUCGUCAUGUUCAUGCAGCAGUUCUGCGGAGUUAACGUCAUCGCCUACUACUCGUCGUCCAUCUUCACCGAGGCAAAGUUCAGCCAACAGUCUGCACUUAUCGCCUCGUGGGGCUUCGGCAUGAUCAACUGGGUGUUCGCAUUUCCCGCUGUGUGGACAAUCGACACAUUUGGACGGAGGAACCUGUUGCUGACGACGUUCCCGCUGAUGGCGAUCUUCCUGCUCAUGACCGGGUUCGCUUUCUGGAUUCCCGCGGGCAACGGCCGUCUGGCCGUCGUCGCGCUUGGCAUUUACCUGUACGGGAUGGCGUACUCUCCAGGGGAAGGUCCGGUGCCGUUCACGUACUCUGCGGAGGCGUACCCGCUGUACGUCCGUGACGUCGGAAUGGGGUUCUCGACGGCCGUCUUGUGGUUCUUCAACUUCGUCGUAGCUAUCACGUUCCCGCCUCUGCUGGGUGCGUUCAAGCCGCAGGGUGCUUUCGGGUGGUACGCGGCCUGGAACGUCGUCGGCUUCGUCGUGAUCCUGCUGUUCGUCCCGGAAACCAAGGCGCUCUCACUCGAAGAGCUCGAUCAGGUGUUCUCCGUGCCGACGCGCACGCAUGCGGCGUAUCAGCUCAAGGCGCUGCCGCACAAUAUCAAGAAGUACUUCCUCAGGAUGGAUGUAGAACCGCUGCCCCCGCUGUAUGAGCACGAGGGCGAGAUUGGCGAGAAGCGCUAUGCGCCGGGCGGUGCGGGGCAUGCGUAGGCGUGCUCGAUGUGUGUCUGCCAUUCUUGCCUUUGUUCACCUCUCGUUGGGUCUCGUCGUUAGACUGGACCUUGGGCGAUGCUCGCUGAGACGUGUGGCGUGGGGAAACAGUGCACGAUAUACCUAACCUUAUGAUGUCCUGUCAUGUUUUACGAUCUGCUUUACUGUUAUUGUAUUUUAUAGUGUAAAGUUUCAUCAUCUCAAUGGCAUGUUUACAUGUGCGAUCAAGAGGCGGAGUGCCCUGCAGAGUAUGCUCGAAAUUGCUCACGUG